AUGCCUACAGGUCAGCUCAUUACCGUACCCCAAGUGGUGACGAACAAUCCACUCCCAUCUUCGCCCAUCAGUCUCCACGAGAUCGUCAUCGACAGCCUUCCCAAAUCAACGAAUUCUCCUCCUUGCCCCUCGAAUCAUCCCCACUUGCCCUCUUAUGAGACCGCUAUCACGCUAGCCCACAGAUACUUGAACUAUCAUUGUCAAACUCAUCACGUCAUCGAUCAGGAGGAAAUUGAGGAUGAUAUAAAUAAAGUGUACGGAGAGAACGGUCUAAUCGCUGAGGAACUAUCAGCGAGUCGAUUCAGAGUGUUCUCGGUCAUGUACUUAGAGAUGAUGAUGGGAGACGAGAACGAUCUGGUCGUCCAGACAUGUCGACAGCUGGCCGUCAAUGAGGUCAGGCAUGUGAUCCGGGGGCAGGAUCUGGUCGCAGUACAGUCUCUUGUCUUCCUGUGUAGGUUUGCCAUACGUGAACCCGGUGGUAUCGGUCUGUGGCAGCUUGCAGGGAUGGCUGCCAGAACUGCGUUGGCCCUUCGAUUGCAUCGUCGGGACGACAUCUACAAGCAAGGUUUCUUGGAUCCCAACGAAAUCGAUUGGAGGCAGAACGAGAAGAGGAAGAAUAUCUUUUGGGCAGUGUACAAUCUGGACAGGCUCGCAACCUUUGUUCUGAAUCAGCCGCCCUCCAUCCGGGAUUCCGACGUGGAUGUCGAUUUACCUUCAGUGUCAUCCCUCUACGGAAAUGGGUUGCCAGUCUCGGGGACCUCGAUACGGAACCACAGCCUGAGGUUGCGCAUGCUGUACGGAAAUAUCCAGGAGUCUCUUUAUGGUGUAUCAGUGAAAGAUAGUCGGCCGCUGGAAGAACGGCAGCGGUUGGUUUCUGAAUUUGUCGAGCAGGUUGAAGCAUGGUAUAAUUCGAGUCCUCUCAAGGCUGCCUUCAUUCCAAUCUCUGAUGCGACAAUCAAUCGACAGCUACUCGAUGAUAUCAGUUAUCAACAAAUGAUACUCGCCUUGCACCGACCGUCCUCACUCAUACCUGAGAUACCCUCAGAGUACGUUGACAAGUUGCUGAACGCCUCGACAAAGUGCAUCGCACUCUAUCAGCACUAUUUUGCGCGAAAGGAAAUUCCAAUGACGUGGAUUCAUCUCUUCCAAAUCUACACCUCCUCUGCCACAUUGGUCAAAUGCUUCAGUGAAUUCCGCAAGCGAAGCGGUCAUCAAGCUGCGUCUCUGUCAGAUUUCGAGAACAGAAUCGGUCAAUGUCGAGACUUAUUGGCUCAAUUCGGGACUAAAUGGCCGGAAUCGCAAUUGUACCAAGUCAUGUUUGGCAACUUGAUCGACCUUUACAAUUCAGAAUCUGAACUGGCUACGCACAGAAUCUACUCUCCCCCUGUCACAUCGUCGAACAACGUAACAACGAACGCGAUCGAUCCAGUCUUCCACGAAAUUCUCGGGGGGUUCUGCGGGGAGGGAACCCAGCUGGGAACAUGCUCGUCCUUUCCUACUUCGCUCCUCGAACCCUCCUCCCCUGCGUCAUUCCUGAAGACUUUGGGUGUCGACUGCUCUACUUGGUAA